AUGUUUGAGAACUUUCAUGUUCUUUGCUAUUAUGGGAUUCCCCGUGACAAGAUUGGUCGUUUGUAUAAGGAAGCAAGAGAGAUUUUUGUAUACGAGAAUGGGGUUUUGGCAUCGAAACUUGAACCUUAUGAGAUCUUGGUUCUUAGAAAGGCUAUAGUCAUUAAGCUUGUUACUUGUUGCCCGUUGCUUCUGGUUGGUGGCAUUGAUUGUGAGUUUGUUUCUGUGGUAAAUAAGUUGAAGGGAUUAAACUUAGGAUGCGAUUGGCUUGCGCGGUAUUUGUCAGUUAGAAAAACAUAUAACUGGCGCCGGAUUCUUGAGACAAUGGAGCUCCUUGAGAAGGUGGGGUUUAAAGAGAAGAAGUUGAGUAAUCUUUUAAAAGCGUAUCCAGAUUUGGUAGGUGAAACUUCUGGCAAUAAAGCUUAUAUUAUGUUUGAAAAGUUUCAUAAAGUUGGACUUCAGAUGAAUGAAAUUGAUAAAUUACUGAUAGACAACUCCGAGAUGUUAUUAGAGAAAUCUGUAAAAAGAAUUUUAGAGGCGUUGAAAUUCUUGAAAUGUAUCAGAAUAGAAAAGCAGUUUGUCGUUAGGUUUUUACAGUGUCACAUGAAGCAUAUCUGUUCAUCCUCUUUGCUAGUACCUAGAGCUGUUUGGAAUAGAUUGAAAAUCAGAAGAGAUGAGUUAUGUCAGAUCAUUAAGGAAGAGCCUUUGAGAUUGUUCAGUAUAGCUUCUAAAACUAAUAAAGGUAGAAUUGAACUUGAUUCACUGGAUUCGAGGAAUGCAGAGAAGACGACAUUCUUGUUGAAGUUAGGGUAUGUAGAGAAUUCCGAUGAGAUGGUGAGGGCUCUGAAAAAGUUCCAAGGGAGGGGAGAUGAGCUACAGGAGAGAUUUGAUUGCUUUGUGAAGGCUGGUUUGGACUAUAAUGUGGUUAGCCAGCUUGUUAAGCGGGCGCCUCAUAUACUUAACCGGCCGAAAGAUAUCAUAGAAAAGAAGAUCAUUAUGCUAAUAGAUUAUUUGGUUUAUCCAAUAGAAUCCGUGAUAGAGUCCCCAACAUAUUUGUGUUAUAGUAUGAAGAGAAUACAUCAGAGAUUCACAAUGUACAUUUGGUUGAGGGAAAGAGAUGCAGUAAUACCGAGGCUGACACUAGGCACUGUUGUCGGUAUUUCUAAUACCCUUAUUGUGCCAUACUUUGUCAAUACCCACCCGGAAGGUCCAGCUACUUGGGAAAAUAUAAAGAAAGCAUCUACCUGAUUAACUGGUCCGUUCAAUGAUAUAACGUUAUCUUCAAUCUAGUGCAGAUGUCUGUUGAUCUAUAACAUUUUCUCAUUGCUUAGCUCACAACCAGUGAAACCUGGAAAUUCUCAGUGCGAUGGAGAGGAUCACAGAAUAUGUCGAUGCAUAGUGAAGUAUUUCCGCCUGUGGAUUUGAUUGUACCUCUCUACUCAUCAGUAUAGAUAUAGAUGCCAACAAACGAACAAGGAAGGACUUCGAGAAAGCUGAAAGAACAAAGGCUCUCCGUAAUGUUGAAACGCCACUGAACUCAGUGAAGUGAAUUUUAGACUGGACUGAACAGAGUGACAAAUUGGAAAGGCACAGUCCUUCGUUGGUACAAUAUUCUUC